UCCGCUCACAACCCCAUAGUGCAAGCUGUCAAAACGCUAAUGACAGUUCGUCGGCUUGUUUACAUUGUGUUUACAAGCGGAAAAUGUGCGAUAUUUAACCGAUAAUUCUCAAUUAUAUUGCGGAUUAUUUGCCUUACUAAUAGUGAGCCCGUUUAUGGUAAGCCUGUCGUCCAGCUAGUGCACUUACACAAUGGGAAGUACCGAGCCGAAAAUCUCCUUCGAGGUUAAAAUGAAAGCCAAACCCCUACUUGGCAUCAGUCCGGCAUCAAGCGUCACACUGAAAUCGAAGGAAACGAAGGAACGGAUCGAAUUUCUGGAAGGCAAUCAAAUUAAAACGGCUGGUAAACAGGAGGAAGAGAAACCGAAACUGUUAAUAAUUCCGCCACUAAAAAACGAACGAUCGACCGACCGUUCGGCAAAGAUAGCGAUUAUCCAGCAGCUCAAACAACAGCGCUUGGACAGCGACGGCGGCCCUAAAGAUGGCAUUGAAACUCUCGAACAAAGAGCGGCACGGGAGAUUGUGGCAGAGACUGCGGAAGCCAUAGUGAAGAAAGAGGAUACGUCCGGUUUUGUUGUGCCGCUGAAACCGGAAGAGCUUCCACUGGAGGGUGCCCGUGAAAGCACCUUGGACGAUUACGAAUCCGUGCCGAUCGAACAGUUCGGCCAGGGGAUGCUGCGCGGAAUGGGGUGGAACGGUGAUGUGAAAAAAGAAGACACCGAAAAGAUCGCGCUCGGUCCUAUGCCCCGCCCCAAAGGGCUCGGGCUUGGUGCGGAUCGAUCGGUCAAGGCUGGUGCCGGCCCGGCUGCGGUACAGUCGGCGCAGGGUGAAAAUCUUGUGAUGAAGUGCGGCGCACCGGUGAAAAUAGUUUCCGGCAGACACAAGGGAAAAUACGCAACGGUGAAAAGCUUCGAUGAGGACACCGGCCGCGUGAUUGUGGAACUAUCCAUCGGAAGAGUGCUGGAAUCGUUGACCGAGUGCUCGGUGCAGCUAGUAACGGUCGCGGAGUUUGGCAAAAAUUCUAACGUUAUAAAUACGGCUAAGUACGAACAAUUUAAGGACCGUGAAUCGACGACGAUGGCGGCCGGCGGUUCGUCCAAGGAAUCAUCCCGCAAGGAGGAGAAACCCCUUUCCAAGCACAGUUCCUAUCGCGAUCGCGCCAGCACAGAUAGCAGCAGCGAGGACGAACGUGAGCGGCACCGGAGACGGCACAAGAAAUCAUCCUCACCGUACAUACGCACCUCGUCCGGCACGAAGAAAAAGUCCCACAAGUACAAGCAGCGGCGUGAGCAUCGGGACGAACGGCGUGGAUCUUCGAGGGAUCGGCGCCGAAACCGUAGCCCACGGGCGUCGGACUCCGAGUCGGACGAUAAGUUUCACAAGAAGAAGACGAAGAAGAAGAAGAGACCGCGAAGUCGUUCGCGCAGUCGACAGUGAUCGUAAGUGCGAUUCAUUUGUGGGAUUGGGGACUACUUGACAGACCAUCCAUAGGGGGUGAGGGACAUGGCAUGGGACAUUUAAAUGCCAGAUAAAUCAGAAUCGGUCAUCGAUGAGAUGAGGACUUCUGAGAGCAGCUCAGAAAGAAAUAAAAUAGAAAUUCUCACAC